AUGGGCCUUCUUUUUACGAAGUCAAUUCCAUCUUUAGAAUAAAGUUCCUUCUCUACGCCUUUUCUCACUUAUUUGCAAUUUAAUAUUACUAUAUGAAAUCUGUAGGUCUACUGCAUCUGCUAGAUCUGCAAUUCUUGAAGUUACGAGUUUAAAGUUGGAGUUUUCAGUAAGUAAAAUAAACCCAAAUCAUGGAAAUUGUAGGGGAAUUGCAGAAACAGUUUACGGAGUUCAUUUCAGCUUUAUACCGUGAGGGCUUCUUGGAUGAUCAGUUUCUUCAACUUCAGAAACUGCAAGAUGAGAGCAACCCAGAUUUUGUAUUUGAAGUAGUGUCACUUUUCUUUGAAGAUUCAGAAAAACUUAUCAACAAUCUGGCAGCAGCUCUUCAACAACAGGUUGUGGAUUUUAAGCAAGUUGAUUGUCAUGUCCAUCAGUUCAAGGGUAGCAGUUCUAGCAUAGGUGCACAAAGAGUAAAGAACGCUUGUAUGUCUUUCAAAACCUUCUGUGAAGGGAAAAACAUUGAAGGAUGUGUGCAAUGUCUGCAGCACGUGAAACAUGAAUACUUUCUUGUGAAGAACAAACUUGAAACCUUGUUAAGGCUGGAGCAGCAAAUCUUGGCGGCUGGUGGUAGGAUUCCUGACCUGCAUAGGUGCUAAUGAUUUGACCACCACAUACCUGGGACAAAGAUAGUAGAGGGGAACAUUAUCAUUGCAAAUGAAUUUCAAGAUUUUGUGAGCUACUUUAAUUGCUGGAUUCUAAUAGUUGUAGUCUUGUAGAUGCAAAGAAUUUUAUGUGAAUAACAGAUUUCCCAUAUUGUGACAUCAAAAUUCCUUUCGACUUUAAGGUGUUGAGCUAUCUAUUGUGUUCUAGCUGACGAACACUUUUCUCCUUCAAUGUUUAUCGCAAUUCACUCGGUAAAAGCUUCAGCCAUUAUUGAGUACUAGAACUUGAGGUGUUCAUAUUGUAAUGACAAAGUUGAUGCACAUGGGAGUAGUUGUUUUACUGAUCUGAAACUUUUCAUUCAACUUAUUCUUUUAAUUGAAAUUGAGAUUUUUGCC